GCUCUUCGAUAUAUACAGUAGGUUACAAUUCGCUAUAUACUGAUCACUGUUGAUCACGUUGACAUUCGGCAUUUGGUUCCACUGAAAUUCGAAUUCCUCUUUAAACGUCAUUCGAAGUUAGAAACAAACCGAUCCGAGUGAUUAUCGCAGGGUCUAGUUCAAGUUACGCUGACAGAACAUGUAACGAGAUUCAGUGAUCACAGAAUGGUUCAGGGAUCGGCUUAGAAGCGGAGAGCAGAUAUACGUGCCUUGUGGGAAUUAAAUACGAAAGCGUACAUCGCGCGAACCGGCACAUGUAAACUCAUCGAUCAGAAGGGAAUGUUUGUUUUGCUCCGCUUCGAGUUUCAAGCCAUCGCGAAGGUUAGACCGAACGAUAGCACGAUUACUUGAUGACUUGGUAAGCGUACGAACACGGAUCAGUGUGCCUGACUCAUUCGCAUAAUGAUGAGGCAAUAAAUUGGAGCGAGAAUAAUCGAUGCCGAAAACUGACUAAAAUUUCUAAACAUACAUCUAAGACUAACGAUGGCUGGCAAUGGAGAACUUUGGAUGCAGUGCUUUACCUGCUGUCUGAUGCAACAAGGUCCAAGGACACGCAAUGGAAGGCAAAGGUCACACCAGAGGCUGAGGAUAGACCGUAGCAUGAUAGGAGUACCUACGAACUUUAGGCACACUGGACACAUUAGCAGCGGCGAUGUAGACAUGAGCAGCGCACAGUUGUCAAAUAUACAGGCGCAGAUGCAAAUGAAGGGAGGCUACGACAACGCAUACGGUGUUAAGGCAUGUUAAAAGCAAUUAAUCGCACUUCCAAGCUGCCCUGCUAAUAAUCUUACGACAGAACAAAAUAUGACUGAGUUUUAACACUUGUGUUCCUUCUAUUAAGAUGAUCAUACAGUUACGUUGCGUUUUAAGAGCAUGUUGGAAAGAUGAUGUUUUACGUAUAAGACAGACAGAAAUCAGUUCUAAAAUAAUAAGUUGAAUGGUGAUUAAAAAUCAGUCUCAUUUAUACAGAGACGAUUUCGCAGCUAAAGUCAAUGUUUUUUUUUAUUGCAACGGUGCAUUUAACUUCCACUCUGUUUGAAUCGUUAUUCUACAGUAAAGACUGGCUAUACUUAAUAGAAACAAAAACUGCCAUACUAUAUGCAACAUUUUUUAAGCACAUAUUUUAUCAUUAUACAAUAUUAUCUACCAUUUGAGGAAGAGAAAUCUACAUUUAUUGAUAUACAAGGUAACCUACUAGCGUAUUAGUUGUUAUAUUACACGUUGAUUGUAUUUAGUUGUUCUAUCUUUUUUCUAUGUGAAAACAACUUUUAAAGUAGUAGGUUUAUAUCGUUAUUAAGUAUUACAUACGGUUCUUAUACUUCCAAGUGCGACUGUAAAGUAUUCCCCUUUAGUAGACUUUUUGUAAAAAGGAAAACAAGCGAAAAGAAGUGUAUUUUGCAUAGUUCACCUGUGCUGACUAAUGGAUAAAUAUUUUUAGCGUAUAUAUAGUGAACGUCCCAUGUUCACAAAGCACGGCCCAUUCUUCCUAUUUCUGUAUUCACCCCUGAACAGGGUGUAGAGACCUACAUUAGGUAAUUUUUCGGAACGUAGGUGUGUCAAAAAAAAAAUUAAGAAAGAAAAUUGAGUAAACGAGAAAAAUGAUUUAUACGUAUUCGCCUAGUCUGUAACCGUUCGAAUUAAACCACGUGGAUUAUGCUAGCUGUCGUUUAUUAUACUUUAAAUAUAAAAAUUGUGAUUUCUCGGAGAACGUGAUAAUGGACCAUGUUAAACGUCGAAGGGAAACGCGGGGUGUUCCGGACGAUCCAAAUUUAAAUUUACAUAAGUCUUUUAUAUGUGUAUACUCUGGACCAGUCUAAAUCUACAAAUUUAUUACAUAAGCAAAAGGAAAAGGGAGAAAUGUAUCGAUUUAGAUGUAGAUGUACUUUCUUAAAACCACUUGCACCCCUCUGUAACAUAGAUAUUUCACUGAGCCUUCAAAAUUUCUCUAAGAAAACUGUAAAGCGAGCAAUUCGUAAUGUGUGUUGGAUUCGAUCGUAUAGUUUACGAUGAAACAAUAAUUAAUAGGAUAGAACUAUGGUACUGUAUUUAACGCACGUAAGAAUAAAAACUCGUGUAUUUACAAACUGCAAA